AUGGGCUACUCUAUAACAAUAGGAGAAAUCGACGAACCAAAGUGCGAGAUUCUCCCAACUACAAUGUUGAAUCA